AUGGCGUCUACACAAUUUGAGUCGACCCGGGUGCAUCCGCGGCGUCGGCCUGUUGUGAACACAUCUUCAAACUUGGCAAAGACAGACGAGGAACCAACCGCCUCCAAACUCCAAUUGAAGAAGGGUGAGACGUUCAAUGCGCCGACAAGCCCUCCAUCGGCGGAGAGCGAUCCCGUAAUGAACAUUCGAUCCCUUCCUCAUCGAUCGCCAACCUCGCUUGAUGCGCUUGCCGCUAGCGAGGAGAGCAUGUCAUCGAUUUUUGAGCGUCUGAAUCUCGACGAGAAUUCCGAGGGCCAAGGCGCGUCAACUGACAACCAGUCUGCUGGUGCAUCCACCUUGAAUUCAGCGGCUGAUAAGGAUGAGCACAACUCGUUUCCGUCGGUGAAGAAGGUCAGCACACAGCAGGAAGACCACGACCACGAUUCUGAUAGUGGGCUCGGGUCAUCUGUGAGUGAUUGCGACUCCAUGUCCGAGAUAAGCGAGCAAGACAAUCACGAUGCUUCCGUGGAACAGGACUCCACCAUCACCAGUCCAAUCGCUGCCUCUCAAGGCACCAACCCUAGACAUCAAUUACCUCUUUCGGCAUGCAAACAAAUUGAGCGCUACCUCCUGGUGCCACUACUUAAGGAGCCCAAGCUCGAAGAUUUCCAUCCUCUUGUUCGAUCUGUUCCAACACGCAUCGCCAACAAACAGAUUGUCUGUCUUCGCGAUCUUGAGAAGAUUCUCUUGUGGCUCGCCCCCAAAUUCUCAAAAUCGCGAUCCUCUUACCUUUCCUUUUGCGAGUACACUAUCCAGUGUCUCCACACCUCGGUCUCUCACCUGAACGCCAAGGAUCAGCGUCUCCCCGCUGAUCGUCCGUACACAAACGGCUACUUCCUUGACCUAGUUACUCAGGUCCGCCGGUACGCAGCAAUGGUUCAGGCCAGCAAGGCCGAGGCCCUCCAGUCCAACAAGGACAAACCUUCUGUUCCCCCUGCCUCCCUUCAGGGAGGUCUUUCAGUCAACGGUUGUGCCGCUGAACUGGUGAUCAUGACGGACGGCCAAGUCAUUUCCUUGGCCACUGGUAAGCCCUUCGAGGGCGCCGUCUCGAUCAAGCGUGCCCACGAGACCGUUGAUGAGGUCACCGACGAGGGAGUUGUGCGCUCCAUGGCUCGUCGCAAGAAGAACGCACCGCCCAUGGACAUCAACCAGAAGUGCGCUCACUGCGACAAGGUCUUCAAGCGGCCGUGCGACCUGACCAAGCACGAGAAGACUCACUCCCGCCCUUGGAAAUGCCCGGACACGACCUGCAAGUACAACCUGGUUGGUUGGCCAACGGAGAAGGAGCGUGACCGCCACGUGAACGACAAGCACUCGGAAAACCCCAUCAUCUUCAAGUGUGAGUUCGGCGGGUGCACCUACACCUCCAAGCGGGAGAGCAACUGCAAGCAGCACAUGGAGAAAGCCCACGGAUGGAAGUACAACCGCCAGAAGAGCAAUUCGCGGGCUCGAGGCUCCAAGAGCAAGCGUGGCACCUCCCUCCGCGCUGCGUCUCAUCAAGACUCCCCCAGCACUCCCGAUGCCAUGACCCCUGCAUCCGGCCAGACCGACUUCAACACCCCCAGCCUCGGUCCCACUCCCUCGCCUUGUGAGCCAUCUCUCAUCUACUCCGAUGGCUCCUCCUUCAUCAACUUUGCGGACCCGCCUGCUCCGGUCCCGGGCAACGGCUACUCGGCCUUCUACAAUGCAAGCGUCGUCAAUCAGCCCGAGGCUGCCAUGUCCUAUCAGGCAUCUCCGGAAGGAACCGCCCCCUCCUACCAGACUCCUCGCACCUACCAAACUUCCCCCGAUGCCACUAUGGCCCACGAUUUCCAGUUCACUGCAGAGGACAUCGCGAAUUUGGGCAGUCUCGGUAGCCUUGAAGCUCAGUUCGCCAUGGGCAAUCCUAAUGAACUGGUUUCUCAUUUGAACAUGCAUCAAUCGAUCGUUGCGUCCAUGUCCUCCGUGCCCUCUGCCUCGUCCGUCCCCGAUCUGAGCGGAUCUGUUUCUGCGUCCCAGGGUAACUCUCCCUGCGCCCCUGCCGCUUCCGGGGGCAAUCUGUGCGACAAUAUCGACUGGACCCGUGUUGAGUACUCGCUUCAGAACAACAUCAACGACCUUCAUGGCGGCAAUGACAACGGUAACGAUCAAGCCAUGAUGAUGUCGGGUCUUUCGCCCACAGCUCAAGGUCAUCUCAUGUUGUUCUCCCCAGACAACGGUCUCGCCGCGGCCAACAUUGGCGCCUCUUUCCCCUACGGUGGACAGGACAUGCAGCAGAACUUGCAAGACUUCAGUGGUCAGGAGUUGCAGGACUUCACUCUUUUCGAAACCCCCAUGCCCACAUACCCUGCCGCGAAUCUCACUGACCCCGCCUUUAACUGGGUUGGUGGUCCGUGGCCUGGGAUGGACAAAGCCAUCGCGUUCGAUUAG